AUGGCAACUUAUCUGAAGCACGUUGCAAUUAUCGGUGCCAGCGGCAGUAUUGGCAAAAUCAUCCUUGAUGGCCUUGUUGCAUCUUCCCAUUUCGAAAUUACCGUCAUCUCGCGCAAAGACAGCGAGGCAACUUUCCCAUCGGGUAUAACUGUUCUCAGAGCCGAAUACUCAGAUCUCGGCCUCGAGGCUGCAUUCAAGGGUCAAGACGUCGUCAUUUCGGCGGUGGGUGCCAGUGCAUUUGGCGAACAGAAGAAAUUUGUCGAUGCUGCCAUCCGCGCAGGUGUCAAGCGUUUCAUCCCCUCUGAGUUCUCGGCAAAUAGCCAGAACGAUGCUGUGUUACAGCUGCUGCCAUUAUUCAGGCAGAAGAAGGAACUCAUCGAGUACCUCAAGAUUAAGGAGGCCGACGGAUUGACCUGGACGGGGAUUGCUUCUUCCGGCUUGUUUGACUGGGGUCUUGCAAAUGGAUUCCUGGGAUUUGAUUUUGCCAGUCAUACAGCUACUAUCUGGGAUGGAGGGGACAAGAGUUUCACUCUAACGAAUCAGAAGGCCCUCGGUGAGGCUGUUGCCUCUGUUUUGUUGCAUCCUCACGAAACUGAAAACCAGUUUCUGUUCAUUGCCUCGGUUGAAACAACUCAGAAGGAUAUUCUUGCUGCUUUGGAGGAGAAGUCGGGGGUUGGAUGGAUUGUAAACAGAACCACCACCGAUAUUCAAGUGGGCGAGGGAGUCAAGAAGCUUGCUGCCGGGGACUUUAAUGGUGCUCUUGCUCUAGUUCGAGCCACUGUUUUUGGCAACACCCCUGGACUUCGUUCAGACUAUGCCAAAGAAGAGAAGCUGGCAAACAGUGUGUUGGGACUUCACAUGGAAGCUGUCAGCGAUGUUGUCAAACAUAUGUUCAAUGAAUAG